AUGCCACCACACAGACUCUCCACCUCAAAGAGCCAGAUUAACUUCUUGCCAAAGGCGCCCCAGCGGCGCAGCAGCCUGUCACAUGUGCCGCGAAGCUAUAGUCUUGCCGCAGCCUUUCGGACAACCAGAUCCAUCACGCCUCCCAAGGUAGACCACAUCCAAGAGGACGAGGAGGAAGAGAAGAAGAAGAAAAAGAAGGAGAAAGAGGGUGCAAGUGUACUGGCAUACCUUUCUCUAUGGAAGGGUGUGAGGUCGCUUUGGCGAGGUAUUGAUUGGUAUGUUGGACGAAUGAGCAGUGGGUGGAGAGGGAUGUGA